AUGUCCGCCGCCGCCGCCGCCGCCGCCUCGCCGGCGUCGGAGGGCGGCGGCCGAGCCGAGUGGCUGCGCGUCUACGACCGGAUGGUGGCCAUCCUCCGCAAGAACCACCGGCACGUCGAGGCGCUGCUCGCCGACCGGUCCCGCCUCGAGGCGCUCCUCAGGGUCCAGCACGACUUCUGGCUCGCCCGCCACGGCCUCCUCCGGGGCCGCCUCAACGAGACGCGGAGGGCGGAGGCGUGCCUGCGGAGGUGCGACGCGGCGAAGCUGGAGCUGCUUCUCGGGGCCAAGUUCCGGAAGCUGCGGCGCUACCAGAUCCACGCCGAAAACCAAGAUGAGGACUUGGAAGAUUUUAAAACGUGUGCAGUAGCUUUGGCUGAAGAAAAUGCUAAACUGAAGUUAAAACUGAAGGAAGUUGAAAGUUCUCCUGAGCUUAGUGAGAACACUGGAGAACAUGAGCACAGUGGACGAGAUUGGAGAGCUGAGAUAAGGGAGUUAAAAAUAGCAUACAAGAACCUGAGCUCAGAGAAGAAUAAGGAAGUUUCUGCAUUGGCUGCUCAAAAGGAUUUUGUGUGGCACCAGUUCAAGACGAUGGAGAAGGAGUACGGCUCGCUCCUUAAGAAGAAGACAACAGAGGCAGCACAGGCUACUGAAGCAGCACAAAGGCUUCAGCAGAAGGUGGAAGAGCUGCAAGCGGCUGCCCAAAAGAAGGAUGAUGAUAUUGGUAGAUUACAAGCAGAAGCUAAUGGUGCUAAAAAGGUGAUACUGGUUCUGGAGGAUAAGCUACAAAAACUGCACUCCUUGGCCAGUGAGAAAGAUGGAGAAAUCCAGAAGGUCAAGGGUGGGCACCUACAGGCCAGUCAAAAGCGAAAGCAGGAUAUCAGUGGGACACAUAUAAAGUCUAGGUCCGAAGGUCAUUCUCAACGCGGCAAAUCCAAAAAUAAUGCUCGGAGGAAAAUGGUAGAAGAAGAUCAACCUGAGACCAGUCAGAAGCGUCAGUGUGCGUCUUCCUUAUCAAAUGGUCUGGCCCUCGGACGUUGCUCGUCGAGGAUGCAGCUGAAACCUGCUGGGUCGCCUGCGCUUCAGCAGGUACUCUUCCACUCCAGUUUCAAGGUCCCAAAGCUGAAGACCCCUCCAGCUCCUCCUCCCCCUCCUCCACUGUAGCCUGAUCUGAUGAUGGUACCCUGACUGACAUGCAUGUGUGUGCAGCUGCUGUUAGACACCACCCGCCGCAACGACGGGGUAAUUUAGGUGAUCAGGUUAAGCUUAUCCCCACUGAAAGCGGUGGCUGUGUCUGUAAUUUAUUCUUGCCCUUUAUUUUGGAAGUAGUGGUCCUUUUGCAACAUAUUUUGCGGAGCCGCCCUGCGGACGAACCGGUGAGCUGAUUGACUGACAGUGUGUGUAUAUUGAUUAACCAUGUAAUGUAAGUUGUGCUAAGUCAGCUAGUGUCA